UCUGCUAACUAGGCUGUCCCCCCGCUAUGGAUGGAGGGGAUGCCGGUAAGGAUGGCUGUACGACCCCUAGCGCCAGCGCCGUUAUCCGAGGAGCGAUUGUUGCUGUCAAUUCCUACCAGGAAUCUAACAGGAGAGGAAAGGGCAGCCUGCCGUCGCUGGUUUACCGGCGAGCAGCCGCGCCGGACUGGGAAAUGGAAGAGACUGAACUGGGAGCGGGCAGAGAGGCGGUAGGGAGGAGAUUCCCGGCCGGGGACUCUGUCAGCAUGAGCGGCGGCCAGAGAGGCGGCAGGGGCAGUACGGGCAGCAGCGCCGGCGAAGCAGCCGCCAAGAAAGAUGCUGCCAGCCAGAGACAGGAGCACUCGGUGACGGGAUCAAGCGCCAGAGAGCCGGUCUCUCGCUUCAGGAUCACUGCCGCCUCUUCGCCCACCUUGGGUCCUGCCCAGCUCCGCCAGCAGCCAGCAUCAUCAUCAUCACAGUCCAUCCCACAGAGGAGCGUGGGCUUCUCCAGGGCAACCCGAGCUUCCGUCUCGUCCAGCGCGGGCGAGGCCACCCCGGAUCAGAUUGUGCCGGCUGCCUCGGCGGAGGCGGAGGCGGAGGAUUACAGCUACUCGAACCAGUCCACAUACAUGCAGAGGCAAUUCGCGGCCAUGCUGCAGCCCGGGGUCAACAAGUUCUCUCUGCGGAUGUUCGGGAGCCACAAGGCGGUGGAACUCGAGCAAGCGAGGGUUAAAUCGGCCGGCUCCUGGAUUAUUCACCCCUACAGUGAUUUCAGGUUCUACUGGGACCUGAUCAUGCUGUUCCUGAUGGUGGGGAACCUGAUCAUCCUGCCCGUUGGCAUCACCUUCUUCAAGGACGAGAACACGCCCCCGUGGAUCGUCUUCAACGUGGUCUCGGACACGCUGUUCCUCGUGGACCUGGUGCUGAACUUCCGCACAGGCAUCGUGAAGGAGGACAACACGGAGAUCAUCCUGGACCCCCACGAAAUCCGCACGCGCUACCUGAAGAGCUGGUUCCUCGUGGACUUUGUCUCCUCCAUCCCCGUGGACUACAUCUUCCUGGUGGUGGACCUGGAGACGCACGUGGACUCGGAGAUGUACCGCACCGCCCGGGCUCUGCGCAUCGUCCGCUUCACCAAGAUCCUGAGCCUGCUGCGCCUGCUGAGGCUCUCCAGACUCAUCCGAUACAUCCACCAGUGGGAAGAGAUCUUCCACAUGACCUAUGACCUGGCCAGUGCGAUGGUCCGGAUCGUGAACCUCAUCGGGAUGAUGCUGCUCCUCUGCCACUGGGACGGCUGCCUGCAGUUCCUGGUGCCCAUGCUGCAGGAGUUCCCUGAGGACUGCUGGGUCUCCAUUAACAACAUGGUGAAUGAUUCCUGGGGUACGCAGUACUCCUACGCCCUGUUCAAGGCGAUGAGUCACAUGCUGUGCAUCGGUUAUGGGGCGCAGGCCCCCGAGGGGAUGACGGAUCUGUGGCUCACGAUGCUCAGCAUGAUCGUGGGGGCCACGUGCUACGCCAUGUUCAUCGGCCAUGCCACGGCGCUCAUCCAGUCACUGGACUCCUCGCGCCGCCAGUACCAAGAGAAGUACAAGCAGGUGGAGCAGUACAUGUCGUUUCACAAGCUCCCCGGAGACGUGAGGCAGCGUAUCCACGAGUACUACGAGCAUCGCUUCCAGGGCAAGAUGUUCGAUGAGGAGAACAUCCUGGGAGAGCUGAGCGAGCCCCUCAAAGAGGAGAUUGUGAAUUUUAACUGCCGCAGCCUGGUUGCGAACAUGCCCCUGUUUGCCAACGCGGACCCCAACUUCGUGACGGCCGUGCUGACCAAGCUGCGCUUCGAGGUGUUCCAGCCCGGAGACUUCGUCGUGCGCGAGGGCACCGUGGGCAAGAAGAUGUACUUCAUCCAGCACGGCGUGGUGAGCAUCCUCACCCGCGGCAACAAGGAGACCAAGCUGUCCGACGGCUGCUACUUCGGGGAGAUCUGCUUGUUGACUCGAGGUCGUCGCACGGCCAGCGUUCGGGCGGACACGUACUGUCGGCUCUACUCCCUCUCGGUGGGCAGCUUCAACGAGGUGCUGGAGGAGCACCCCAUGAUGAGGAGAGCCUUCGAGAACGUGGCCAUGGACCGACUCGACCGCAUCGGUAAGAAGAACUCUGUCCUGCUGCGGACGGGCUCUGCGGACCCGAGUGGGGGGGCACGGGGGGGGCGGUAUGGCUCCUGCGACAGCGAGAUCGUUCAUCAGAUCGUGAAGCACGACCAGGACAUGGCGGCACACACCCUCCAGGACCUGCCCGCCCCGCGAACUGUCAUCUGGGCGCCCCUGGUCCACGCGCCGCUCCAGACAGCCGCUGCCACCACCAGCGUGGCCAUCGCCCUGACGCACCACCAGCACCCCCAGCACCCCAUCUACCUGCCCCCCCCGCUGGCAGCCUCACCCUCCACCCACACGCCCUCCCCUCCCCGGGGCUCCCCUCUCUCCCUGGCCUCCUGCCAGGAUCCCCAGGCUGGCAAACCCCCCCUGCCUCCCAGGUCCCACCCUAAUCUAGCCUCAGGCUCCCGCCCGGCUUCUAUUAGCUCUCUGGGGGCUCUGAGUGGAGGGGGAGGGGGGGUGGCCCCUCGAGCGCACGCCCCCAGAUCCCCGUCCGGUUCUGUGUCAUCCGCUUCUUCCCAGAACCAGCCGGGGGUCUACCCCGUCCCUCCUCCCACGAGCCCCCCUCCUCCUCCUCCCCCUCCCACUCCCCCUCCCAUUCCCAGCCGGGGCGGGGGGAGAGGCAGGGGAGAGGAGCCUCAGAAACAGCCCCAAGUCCCGCUGUCCCAGACGCGAGCCAGCUCCCUCUCCACCUCCCUCCUGCAGCAGCAGCAGCAGCAGCAGCGACGGCCCCCCGGGGGCAGGACUCUGCACUCCAGCUUCCGGGCCCUGCCCGCCCCCCCCUCGCAGAGGCAGACGGGCCGCAGCAUCAGUGGCAGCUCCACUCCCCAGCAGCAGGGGGCGCUGGCGGGGGCGGUCGGCAGGCUGUCUCGGGAGGGCCGGCUCCUCUCCGCCUCCCAGCCCUCGCUGCCUCACAGGGGCUCCCAGGGGCAGCUGCACCUCCAGCGGCCUGGAUCCCGGCAGAGCCACCCGGAGCCGCUGCAGUGCUUCCUGGACCGCAGCCACUCGCAGUACAGCCGCAAGGCCUCCGGGGGCAGCCUCACCCCCUUCCUGCCCUCCUUCUACCCACCAUCCCCCUCCUUCUUCUCCACCUCCUUCUCUUCCUCCUCCCCUUCCUCCAACCCCCAGUCUCCCUCCGUCGCUCCCGGGGGGCAGCUGGCCAGGAGGUGCGCGGGCAGCGCGGGCAUGCUGUCGGGCACCCCUCCCGGCACGCCAGGCAGCACGGGUCCUUCUGUCAGUGGACAGCAGCAGCAACUCCUUCCUCCUCCUCUUACUACUACUUCUUCUUCUUCUGCUGCAGCUGUUUUACCUUCCCUCGCUCCUCCUCUCUCCCCCUCCCCCCAUGCCUCAGUCCCACAGUCCUCCGCCAGCGCCAAGGCUAUCCCACAAUCCUCUCCUGCUGUCUCACAGUCAUCCGCCAGCGCCAAGGCUAUCCCACAAUCCUCUCCUGCUGUCUCACAGUCAUCCGCCAGCGCCAAAGCUAUCCCAAAAUCCUCUCCUGCUGUCACACAGUCCUCCGCCAGCGCCAAGGCUAUCCCACAAUCCUCUCCUGCUGUCUCACAGUCAUCCGCCAGCGCCAAAGCUAUACCACAAUCCUCUCCUGCUGUCUCACAGUCCUCCGCCAGCGCCAAGGCUAUCCCACAAUCCUCUCCUGCUGUCUCACAGUCCUCCGCCAGCGCCAAGGCUAUCCCACAAUCCUCUCCUGCUGUUCAACAGUCCUCCACCAGCGCCAAUGCUAUCCCACAGUCCUCCACCAGCGCCAAGGCUAUCCCACAAUGCUCUCCUGCUGUCUCACAGUCCUCCACCAGCGCCAAGGCUAUCCCACAAUCCUCCACCAGCGCCAAGGCUAUCCCACAGUCCUCCACCAGCGCCAAGGCUAUCCCACAAUCCUCUCCUGCUGUCUCACAGUCCUCCACCAGCGCCAAGGCUUUCCCACAAUCCUCUCCUGCUGUCACACAGUCCUCCGCCAGCGCCAAGGCUUUCCCACAAUCCUCUCCUGCUGUCACACAGUCCUCCGCCAGCGCCAAGGCUAUCCCACAAUCCUCUCCUGCUGUCUCACAGUCCUCCACCAGCGCCAAGGCUAUCCCACAAUCCUCUCCUGCUGUCUCACAGUCCUCCGCCAGCGCCAAGGCUUUCCCACAAUCCUCUCCUGCUGUCACACAGUCCUCCGCCAGCGCCAAGGCUAUCCCACAAUCCUCUCCUGCUGUCUCACAGUCCUCCGCCAGCGCCAAGGCUUUCCCACAAUCCUCUCCUGCUGUCACACAGUCCUCCGCCAGCGCCAAGGCUAUCCCACAAUCCUCUCCUGCUGUCACACAGUCCUCCGCCAGCGCCAAGGCUAUCCCACAAUGCUCUCCUGCUGUCUCACAGUCCUCCACCAGCGCCAAGGCUAUCCCACAAUCCUCUCCUGCUGUCCCACAGUCCUCCGCCAGCGCCAAAGCUAUCCCACAAUCCUCUCCUGCUGUCUCACAGUCCUCCGCCAGCGCCAAGGCUAUCCCACAAUCCUCUCCUGCUGUUCAACAGUCCUCCACCAGCGCCAAGGCUAUCCCACAAUCCUCCACGACUUCCCCACAAACCCCCACUGCUGCCCCUGGCUCUGCUGCUCUAGCCCCUGCGAGCCUGAGCUCCGUGGUGCCGGGAGGAGGCAGCAAACAGCAGCCCCCCCGCAUGUGAAGAGCACGCCAGCAACACGCCCCGGAACUGGGACCACAGCCCUGUGACACUGAACCACCUACUCCUGUUCAACAGACAGACAGACAGAGACAGACAGACAGACAGACAGACACGCACGCACGCACGCACGCACGCACGCACGCACGCACGCGCACGCGCACGCACGCACGCACACACACACGUGUUCAGUCCUCAGGGGUCCCAGUCUCUCCUUCUUCCAAACCUCUCAUCACCAAAGCAUUAACUAAAAAGCAAUCCUUUCUUUGUUCGUUUUUUUGCAAGUUUCGUUCAGUGUUGUGUUUUUUUAAUUUGUUUUGAUAAAUUGUAUGUAUGUAAAUAUUCAUGUAACACGUGACAAAAUCUUCUUACCUUUAACCCCACCCCCCAAAAACCCUCUCACCUGUGGGCAGCCGCGAUCUCCAGCCGUGUCUCUCUGUGCUUCUCAAUGCAGAGCAGGAUUCAGUCACACCUUGUGUUAUCUGAACCACAAAUGAAACCACAGCUUCUGCUAUUAAAAAAAAAGAGUGCAUCACGCGGCGUUCAGCUUUUAGAAGCGGACAGUAAAGCAAGCAAACAGGAGAGCAGCUCCAAACUGAGCCCGCGGUGCUGUUCCGCAUGCCCCUCUCCGUGCGUGCGCUGCUCAGCCCGUCAGUACCGCGGUGAUCUUUCAUCAAGGUCACCUCACACUCCAGGCAGCGUUUAUAACGCGUGCGGGGAAGCGGGUUUCAGGAUCUCACAUCGAGAUGGUGGAGAUUGCUUCACGUCCAUUGGAAACUGUUCAAUGUAACUGAGCCACGCCCCCCUGUAGCCAAUAGCAGGGGGUGUGGUCAUCGAGAGCUUGGCUUGCCCCUCCCCUUUGAUGCCAAACGCCUGUCUUGUGUGUGUCGAAUCACCAAAGACUCGGUCCUGGAAGCCCACCCCCACAACCCCACACCCCCCACACCCCCACAACCCCACACCCACACAGCCCCACAACCCCACAGCCCCACAUCCCCACAGCCCCACAGCCCCACCUCCCCACAACCCCACAGCCCCACACCCCCACAGCCCCGUCCCUCCCCCGCACAGUGAGUUUGGACUCUUGCGCAUAUUAACUAGCUGUACAUAGUGGGUAGGUUUUUUUUUUUUUUUCGGUGGUUGUAAAUAUUAUAAUUUAACGAGAAAAAUAUUUUAGGGUGGGGAAAACAAAAAAUAAGAAAUCUUUGUAAUGGCAAAUCAUGUAAAUAAAGAUGAAAAAAAAAGAAGAAUUGA